AUCGGAACCCGAUAAACCGGCUAUAUUCGGACACAUUUUUGAGCACACAAAAAACCCACGUUUUCACUAUUGAAGUGUAAGAAAGGCCAUUGACAAAGUAGUCGUUCAGUUUCGAUCGAAUCAGCCGUGAUCAGACCUGUCACUUAGCCCUCUGUUUAGACUAGCCUAGUCUAAAGCCAGCCUGAGCCCACCUAGCUUUUAUUUGACAUUUUCCACGUGUUUGUGACACUUUUCGAGUACUUGGUUGGAAUUAGAGGUCAAACAAGCCGAAUAAAUUGGCUUUUACAGCGUUACGUUACCUAAGACUUGGAGAAAAUAACUCGAAAUUGAAAUCAGAUUUCAUUCACGAAAACAAGAAAUAUCUCUAGUGGUCGCUCUUCUUGAAGGCAGUCUAAACUCUUGCCUGAUGGGCUUGCUCUAUUCGCGUGUAUCGACACUGUUUUCUGGUAGCCAGAAUGUACGAAUUGUCAUGUUAGGAUUAGAUUCGGCAGGAAAGACUACCAUCUUGUACAAACUCAAGCUUAAAGAAACAGUCAAUACUGUACCUACAGUGGCGUUUAAUGUGGAAACUGUUUCAUUUGGGAGAAAUUUGACUUUAAACGUUUGGGAUAUUGGAGGACAGGACAAAAUUCGUCGUUUAUGGAGGCAUUAUUUUCAAGGAGCUGAAGGUCUUGUUUUCGUGGUCGACAGUGCAGAUGUCGAGAGAGUUUACGAAUCCCGAGAAGAGCUUUCUCGUGUAAUGCAACAUACCRAAAUGAUUGGUGUUCCAAUAAUCGUUUUGGCGAACAAACAAGAUUUGUCUGGUGCUAUUAAACCUGAAAGAAUGGCCAUUGAACUUGAUUUGGAGCAAUACACUAAAAAUCCCUGGCAAAUCCACGGAACUUGUGCAACGGCCGGCGAUGGAUUGUACGAAGCAAUGGGAACGCUUUCGAAAAUGGUCAAAGAAUUUCAACGAAAAUCAAGAACGAAAUAAUCGCUUGAUCUUUCGUCUCGUACAAAUUCCAGCUUUUAUCCUGCUAUAGUUGCAAGUUAUAACAAACGGCAACUUCAACUGGUUAUUGCCUAUGCAUAUUUAUCAAGGUUUGUACAGUAAUUAUUUUUCCUAGCAAACAAAAAAUAACAUUUGUAAGUAUUGACAUAAGCUUUAUAAUUAUUGAAUGUGCAAGUGAUAUCGAUAUCUUGUUAUCAAUAAUGCCAUUCUCUGGCUUGGCUAUAUAGAAUACAGACGAUAAGUGUAUCUGGUUAGUUUGUCUAAUAAAAAGUUAUUAUUUAUAAAGUAAUCAUU